UCCUGCAGUUUAAUACAGAAUAAUGGUGCAGCUCUGCGGCCGAGGCUGAAUCACCCCGAACUGAGCAAGCAACGGGCUCCCAGUCGCCAUGGCCAGGCUCCUCGUCACCUGCUGCCUGGUGGCCCUGCUCCUCGGCGCCUGGACCGACGUCGCCUUCUCCAAGAAGGGCAAAGGCAAACCCAGCGGAGGCGGCUGGGGCACGGGGAGCCACCGCCAGCCCAGCUACCCCCGCCAGCCUAGCUACCCCCAAAAUCCCGGCUAUCCCCAUAAUCCAGGCUACCCCCAACCCGGGUACCCCCACAACCCGGGGUACCCCCACAACCCGGGGUGGGGACAGGGUUACAACCCAGCCAGCGGAGGAAGCUACCACAACCAAAAGCCAUGGAAACCCCCCAAAUCCAAGACCAACUUCAAGCACGUGGCCGGGGCGGCGGCGGCGGGUGCCGUGGUGGGAGGUUUGGGGGGCUACGCCAUGGGACGCGUCAUGUCGGGGAUGCACUAUCGCUUCGACAGCCCUGAUGAGUACCGAUGGUGGAAUGAAAAUUCGGCGCGUUACCCCAACCAGGUUUACUACCGGGAUUACAGCAGCCCCGUCUCGCAGGACAUCUUCGUCGCCGACUGCUUUAACAUCACGGUGACCGAAUACAACAUCGGACCCGCCGCCAAGAAGAACACCUCGGAGGCUGGUCCGGCGGUGAACCAAACGGAGACGGAGCUGGAGACCAAGGUGGUGACGAAGGUGAUCCGGGAGAUGUGCAUCCAGCAGUACCGCGAGUACCGCCUGGCCUCCGGCAUCCGGCUGCAUCUCGCCGACGCCUCCCUCGCCGCCCUCCUCCUCCUCACCCUCUUCGCCAUGCACUGAUGCGCCCCGGAUCCCACGGCUUUGAGAUGUCACCCGUGUCCCCAUGGGGACCCCCUGAGCCCCCCCCGUUCUUGCUUGCGGUCAUCUUUGGUGAAGAGCCCUUGGGGCGCACGGGUACCGACGCUCCCAUCACCUCCCCGGAGGCUCUGGUUUAGGCAACCGGAUGAAAAUUUCCUUCUCCACCCCAAAAGCGUCCCUGGCGUGGCAGGACAGUGAUGGAGCUGGAUGCUCGAAAAAAUGGCCUUCACCACCUCCUCCUCCUCCUCCUCGGGGCCACCCUGAGAGGGACUGGGCAGAGAGGAGCUCACCCGGUCCUUGGCAUCCCUGCAAGAGCGUUUCCGAAAAUCCUCUUCGCUAACAAGCGGGGUUUUACCUAACCCCCUUAGUCCCGCUGCCACCAAACCCCCUUUCCCCGGGGCACACCGCAGCGUUGCACCCAAGCACCUAUAUACCCCACAGGGGUUUUAGGAGGGUCAGAUAUGGGUUUUUCAAGCAACAAGCUGCCAGGUUGCGAUUUUAACCCUUUAAUCCUAAAACCUACCCUUCCUCCUGUACAUAAGGACCAGCCCGCUCCGCACCUUGCAUGCUGCAAAUACCUCCUGCAGCAGUACACAAAAAUAAAGUGAUUUUUUUCUUUCCCCCCCGCAGCGAGGCUGAAGCCCCGGCCGGGUUUCGGUUGACCCCCGCGCCGCUUUGCUUUUGGUUGAGCCUCGCUGUCUUUCUUAGCCUGUCUAAAGGCAAAAAGUGCUGCUGAACACCCAAAAAACCCCCAAAGCGGUAACGCUUGGUGUGUUACAGCCCGAGAAAAAGCUAUUUUGGAUGCGCUAUAGGUGACAAGUCACGCUCACACUUCGGCACCUUGACCUAAAGGAUGUUAAAAUACAGCAAAAAGGAUGCUCGGCGGGGGGUCAAACACGUAGCAAGAGACUUAAAUCAGCUAAAUCGGAUGGUUAUGGCAAAGAGCAUCAGGAAAACCAAGCCUGAGGGAUGGGAGAUGCUUAAAAACCCCCACUUUUUGCAAGUAAUUUGUGGAAGUGGCGGUUGAAAUUCUUGCUUCUUGUGUUUGGGGCGAUGCUGGGUUGUGUAUAACCUGUAGCAUCUGUAAAGCCGCGCUUGUCGAACCGGUCGCCCCGAGUUAGAUUUAAUAUCUUUCGUGUAUUUUUUUUUGCAAGGCACUGAAUGACACCGUCCUAAAUGAUUUUUCGCAUCGGUGUAAGCUAAGUGAAGAUAGAGAGAGAGAUAUAUAUAUAUAUAUAUUAAAAACUAUAGAGAAAAGAAAUCUUUCAAGAUAUUCACCGGAAAAGCAGGGCUUUGAGGUAACUCGUACUUUGUGAUAUGCGAAUGUUUUGUAAAUCCGUAACCGUGCAUGCACAAAAUUCGCCGUUCCGAUACUUUUCUAAGUGUUCGACGUCUGGUACAAAUUAAAACGGAUAAAGCCAAGAUGCACGUCAGCCUCCUUCGUGCAAACAGCUCUCGCCCAGCCCCGCAGCGCCGCAGACAGAAGUGGCAUUUUUCGCCCUGUCUGUCCCUGCCUCCCCAGCCUGUGGGCGCCUUUGUUCCCUUUCAGCACUAAAUUUGGCCUAAAAACCACAAUUUCAGUUAACCUUUUCUCCUCCCCUGCUCCCACUAACGGUAUCGCUACCAUCCAACACAUAUUCUCUAAUAAAGCCAAUGCGCUGGUUGGGGCCAGGGAUUUCUUCUCCCCACAGAAAGUCAACACCCAUUUAUACCUUGUAUUUACUCCACCUAUUUUCUGUCUAAUAAAAGAGUUUUUACA